CAACCGGAAGUAUCCUAAACACACAUCCGGUACCUGAAGGACCGAUUAGCACUGUAGCUAAAGUCGUUGGAUUUAUUGUAAUAAUAACAUACAAUUAUUUAACGUUGUUUGAAGACUUCAGAUAAUAACAAUGAUUAAAGCAAUCUUGAUAUUCAACAACCACGGGAAACCGCGACUGAUCAGAUUUUAUCAGUAUUUUGCAGAGGAUAUGCAGCAACAGAUAAUUCGGGAGACUUUUCAUUUAGUCUCUAAGAGAGAUGACAAUGUCUGCAACUUCCUGGAGGGUGGAAGUCUCAUCGGUGGCUCCGACUACAAGCUAAUUUAUCGGCACUAUGCAACCCUGUACUUUGUCUUCUGUGUGGACUCAUCGGAAAGUGAGCUCGGCAUUCUGGACCUGAUCCAGGUGUUUGUGGAAACACUGGAUAAAUGCUUUGAAAAUGUGUGUGAACUGGACCUCAUAUUUCACAUGGACAAGGUCCAUUAUAUCUUACAAGAGGUGGUGAUGGGAGGGAUGGUGCUGGAAACCAACAUGAAUGAGAUCGUGGCUCAAGUGGAGGUGCAAAACCGCAUGGAGAAGUCAGAGGGUGGUUUGUCGGCGGCCCCCGCUCGCGCCGUCUCCGCCGUGAAGAACAUGAACCUGCCUGAGAUUCCCCGCAACAUCAACAUCGGAGACAUUAAUAUCAAAGUGCCGAGCCUCUCCCCUUUCUGAACAGAAGCAGAACGUGCGGGGUGGGGGUGGAGAAUCCCUGCCAAGCUCUGCAGGACUAAUGUACUACUGAUGCAUCUGUUUCUCUGGAGUCACCCCACUACCAGCAACUGGAGAAUUUCACUUGCAAUGGAACCACAACAACUUAUCCCUCCACCCAUUCCAAUCAUUUCACACUUCCAGGUGACAAGCCGGGGAUUAUGUUGGAGUUCUACUGAAUCCAAGUUACAGAAGACUCCAGUUGACAGAUUUGCACAUUAUUCCUAAGUUUGAUUUUCAAAAGCAUUAAGACUAAUGUUAAUAUUUAUGUAUUUUCUGCUGUUCUGUCUUUUGUCAUUUUUAUUUCAGCAUUUGAUUUUAUUGUCUUUCCAAAAGAAGAAUUAAGUGUCUUGGUUUCAGUGUAUGUUCCUCUUCCAAAUUUCUGUCAUUCUGAGCCAUUGGACCUUUGUAAGUUCUGAAAAGCUUGCUUUCAAUCUGGAGGGAGUUUCAGGCACAGCGGCGUUGUCUGUAAUAUGAUCCUUGGCUUCUGUAUUGGGCUGUAAUUACUGAAACACAUCUUUAUCUUCUAUUCCAACUGUCUGUCCGCACAGACUGUUAGCAGAAGACUCAUUCUACUAUUCUAUUUUUCUUUCUCUGUAAUAUAUCUUGUCUCUGAAAUCCUUUGUGAUUUGUGAAUAAUAAUAUUCAUGUUCCAAGGGGAGACUGUGCAUUAAAUGAAGCCAAGUUGGAAUGUGCUAUGAUAGGAUCUUGCCAACAUCUGUUUAGAGAGCCAACAGAAACUUUGACAUUUUCUUGGAUCUUCUUUGUGCUUGUUUAAAGUGUUUAUGUUUCGUUAGCUGUGUUUAGUGGUCAGAUAGACAUCAGAUUAAGACUGUAAUUUAAGACCUAUUCAGUCCUGUAAAGGAAAGAAACGUGUCAAAGACAAAACUUGCCUAUAUAUAUACAUAUAUGAAAUAAAAUACAGAUUUUCAUGUG